CAGGAUAACAGGCCUGGCAUUGAGAAGGCAACCACCAGAAGCUGGACUGGAGGGGAAGUUUCCUUCCCACCACCCCUUCGCUCCAAAGAAAACACUAGUAAGGGCCAUGCUCCUGCUCCCAUCACUCCCCAUCCUUCUCCUGUGUGUGGUGGGCAUAUCGUCAUCAAAGCCACAAACCUGUGAGGACACCCUGAAGACGUGUUCUGUAAUAGCCUGUGGCAGAGAUGGAAGAGAUGGACCCAAAGGAGAGAAAGGAGAACCAGGUCAAGGGCUCAGGGGCAUGCAGGGCCCUCCAGGAAAAUUGGGGCCUCCAGGAAAUGUAGGAAUUCCUGGACCUCCAGGAGCAAAAGGCCAAAAAGGGGAUCAUGGACACAGUGCAGCCCUUGAGGCAAAGGUCUCGAAUUUGGAGGCAGAGAUAAGGAUGUUAAAAUCUGAACUGGAGCACACCAAGAAGUUGCAUGCCUUCUCAAUGGGCAAAAAGUCUGGGAAGAAGCUCUUCGUGACCAACCGCGAAACUAUGCCCUUUGCCAAAGUAAAGGCUCUGUGCACUGAGCUCCGAGGCACUGUGGCUGUUCCCAGGAAUGCUGAGGAGAACCAGGCCAUCCAAGAAGUGGCCAAAGGCAAUGCCUACUUAGGCAUCACUGACGAGGUGACUGAAGGCCAAUUCAUGUACGUGACAGGGGGGAAACUCACCUACAGCAAGUGGAAAAAGAAUGAGCCCAAUAACCAUGGCUCAGGGGAGGACUGUGUCAUCAUGGUAGAGGGUGGGGUCUGGAAUGACAUAUCCUGUCAAGCUUCCUUCAUCGCUGUCUGCGAGUUCCCAGCCUGAGCAAGCUAGUGCCUCCAUCUUCUCUUGGGCUGCUCUCUGAAGUCAGUUGCUUCCAAAGAAAAUUCGGUACUUGUUUCCAAAGCUUAGUGUUAACUGUUCUUUCUGAGGGGAGUGGAGUUCAUUGUGGUAUGAGGACAUAAGCAGAUGCUUAUGAACAUGAGGCACCAGGGGCCAGACAAGCACAGAGCCAAGGUCACAUCUGUUUUGUUCAGGGCACAGUGCUAAGUCAGAGUGAACUGUGGAAAACUACAGAAAAUCCCUCCCUGUUGAAGGACCAAAGAUGGACAGGACCAUAUCUGUGUCGUAGUGGUCACUGAUCUCAGCCAUCAAAACAUGAAAUUCCUUUUCCCCAUGAAUUGUCACUAAGUGGUACAAAACUUGCCUGUUUGAGUCCA